UUUCUUUAUUUAUUUUUUGUAAGCUGGUAAUUUUUUUUAAAACGUUUUAAAGCAUGUGUUUUUUUCUUAACACUCGUUUCAUCCUUAUGCAGCCGUGUGGUUACUGUGCAGAGAGAAGGCGAGCGCACUUAAAACUGAGACCUGUACGCGUAUGAGGUUCAGUGUCAUGAUGAACAGUGUGCGGACGCUACGAUUGAGAAACGAAUGAAACUCCAGUUAACAAUUAAAGAACUGACUGCAGGCUGCGCAUUCUGGAGGAAGCAUGUGCAGUUCACUAAGCGGUAAGCCACUGGCUAGUCCAGGUCUCACAGAUAUGCAGCUGUACAGUCAGUGGCUGGCUAGUCGACAUGAAGCUAGUCUGCUACCAAUGAAGGAGGAUCUGGCCAUCUGGCUCUCUAGCAUGCUCGGAGUGGACAUCACUGCAGAGAGCUUCAUGGAGCGGUUAGAUAACGGAUUCCUCUUGUGUCAGCUGGCUGAGACACUGCAGGAGAAAUUCAGACAAAAUAACAAAGAUCUCCAGACAGGAAAGUUGAUUCCAAGUCGCAGGAUAUCCAGUCGAGCCAGUGCUCCAUCCGGUUCCUUCUUCGCCAGGGACAAUACAGCCAACUUCCUGUCAUGGUGUCGGGAGGUGGGUGUGGGCGACACCUGUCUGUUUGAGUCAGAUGGGUUGGUUUUACACAAGCAGCCACGAGAGGUUUGCCUCUGUUUGCUGGAACUGGGAAGAAUAGCAUCCAGGUAUAAGGUUGAGCCACCUGGACUCAUAAAACUGGAGAAAGAGAUUGAACAAGAGCAGAAGAUACCUGAACCUCCGACCUCACCAGUACCUCUUACUUCCAACUCUCCAUCGGUCUUCCCACCCGUCUCUCCACUCAACAAGACUAACUCCAGCAAGAAAAGCACAGGCAAACUACUGGAUGAUGCAGUGAAGCACAUUUCUGAAGAUCCACCCUGUAAGUGUCCAAAUAAGUUCUGCAUAGAGAGGCAAUCACAGGGCCGCUACCGUGUCGGUGAAAAAAUGCUUUUCAUCAGGAUGCUGCAUAAUAAGCAUGUGAUGGUGCGUGUUGGUGGAGGCUGGGAGACGUUUGAGAGCUACCUUCUUAAGCACGACCCAUGUCGCAUGCUCCAGAUCUCGCGUGUGGAAGGCAACAUCUCGCCUGUCUCAGGGAAAUCUCCCAGUAUCAAAGACCUCACGCCUGACAGCUAUCUGGUGGUGGCGGCCCACUACAGAAGCAAGAAGUGAUUAAGAGUCUUCAAUGGCCAAAAACAAUGACUUUAACUUGAAACUCCACGUUAAAGCACAGAUCACUAACAAGUACACAUGGACUUCAAUGGCUUCUAGAAGUAACGUGUAAAAAAGAGAAAAACUAUCCAUAACACAAUACAAGUGUUGCUCAAAUUGUUUGACACAACAACGCUCAUUCCAAAUUGCCGCACUUGAUGUGGACUCGCAUACCUUGUGGACCUUCAAUCUUGCUCAUCUGUGAAGUUCACAAGAAUGCAGGGUGGCUCAUGUUUAAUUUAAUUACAUAUUUUAGGUGGUUUCUUUUUGGUCUUUACAUGCCUCAUGUGACCAUUUGCAGAUCCUGCACUGGUGCGGACUACUACCAAUUAGAUCAUGUGUCUAAGUGCACACUUGGAAAAUCAGAGGAGGACCGCUAGGACUCUGAGACAGGGUUAUACAUGUACAGUAUAGGCUACAUUCACACAGUCAGUGUUUAUGAAUGACAACUGUAUUUACAAAUUGGGGGUGGCUCUCAAAUUGUCCUGUUCAUGCAAUGGUGUACAGGAGCAACUAAAAUACUGUCUGUAUGAAAAAAUCUAGCCAAAAUCAAGCGCCCUUUCUAUUUACACGAUAGUUGAAAAUAUUACAAAUUUUUUAUUGUAAUAGUGUUGGCGGUUAUUUAACUAAAAGUAGCUAUGCUACUGUGAUGAUGUAAAACCUUCAGAUGACACACUGCUUAAAUCUCUGUCUCUGAGUUACAAGAAUCCAAUAAGAAAAACCACAACACACAUGAGACAAGCUACUGCAAGUGCUGUAUGAUGUGGCAAAACUAUUUGAGCAUUGUAGGUUUACUGAUCUCAAGCUCUGUAAUAUAAGGGUGGCAUGCUGGUUUAUAACUGGAUUGUGUGUGAACAUAACCAAAUUUACCAAUAAAAAAAAACUGACAACCAUGUUCUGCUGCUGUGUGAACGUAGCCUUUGAUUCUGAGGAACAGCAAAAUAAGUCUGGAACUGGAAUCCAGACACAAGAUUGUUUUAUUUUAUAUAGUUUCUUCAUCUCAGCUCUUCAAAAAUGUUCAUGAUUGCUUCUAUCCUGAGAAUGCACCUGAUUGUCAGUUGUGGUGAUUUUUAUCUCUUUUUGUGUUCUUUCAUAUUAUUUUAUUUUUGUUUACCUGAGGAUUAAGUAAAAAUUGCUUAAUAACCUUUUAUGCAUUUAAUCUUGAUUAGAAGAAAAGGAAAUUGCUGGAUAAAUUCAAGUAUUCAUCUCUACCCUGGUUGGUAUUCCUUUCACUGGUUCAUAUACUAACAAUA